CCCCAGCUUCUAGGACCCGCCUCCGUGCACAUGCGCGGAAACACGGCGCACUUUUUGUUUUUGUUUAAAACGGAAUCAGCAGCGUUUUCCAGAUAUAUUUAACUAGUAAGAUCAUGCUACGCUUUCUUGGAUCAAUUCAUGAUCGUUAACAAGGAAAUUUGUUUGCAAUAGGCUAAAGUCUACCGCUGGUUAACGUUUAAUAUCGGUUAUUGAUUUCGUCACUCACGCAACUGUUAAUGUUUAUCUGGUUAUGUUACCUGUGAGGACAAUGGCAUCUUUAAAGUCUUCCAAGCAGACUUCAGCUGCGGCGUCAAAGAUCAAAAAUAAGAUUCUCAACACCUCCUCCUUCUUCAAGAUCUCUUUGAAGACCAACAACAAGGCCUUAGCUGUUGCUUUGGAGGCCCAGAAGGAGAGGAGCAGGCAGCUGGAGAUGGAGAUUGUGUACCUUCAGAAGCAAGUGGAAGCUCUGUGCUUCGAACUGGCCACCAAGAAAUACAAGCACAGGAAACUGCUCCUCAUCUUGAAAAACCUUCAUAGCAACACUCUGCAGCACUUGGACAUGGUGGCUGAGCUAUUCUCUGACAGUGAUCUUCCUAAACAGUCCAAGGAAGACCGGACCUUAUCUGGUGACAUCAACAAAGACAAUCUUGUAAUGGGAAGUCUCACAGAUCAGUUACCUGCUCAGCCAGAAAUUUCAGGGGCUUUGUUGUGUCCCCUCCAAAAAACAGCGGACUUUCCUGAAAAAAACAUCUGUGCAAAUGUCUUCAAUAUCCACAACAGACCCCAAAAGUCAACUCAUAUUUGCAAUGAAAACAUAGAUGCUGAGAAAAGGCAUUCAAUCCAGCUUAUACAAGCUCCCCAGACAGGCACAUCCCGUCCGUCCAGCAGCCUAAGGGAGGAAGUAGAGAGGCUGUCAAUGAUGUUCUCUCAAUCUGGGUUUGAUAUGAAGUCAGUCCCCUGUCUUCAGAACAGUCAAACUCCCUCAGUUGUAAGCACAUGUGAAAAACCCAAUCCACCUCUUUCUGAUGAUGUUCACCUUCCAAGUAGCUCAGUCAUAGAAACUGAACCAGAACAUGGUAACAAACAAGAGAAGACUGUGCUUCUGAAUGCAACAAUGGAGAUGACGCUAAGUAAUGCUACUGACAUAGUCAUUGUGGAAACCAAGGCCAAAAAAACAGGCCGCUCUGGCAAGCCGAAAGGCAAGAAGAAUAAGGAACAAGACUGUGGAUCAAGUGUGGCGGAAAAUUCACAAGUGAAGAACUCUGCGGAUUCUAAGUUGAGUGAGGUUCAGAGUGCUCCCACUGGCACUUUGUUACAGACAGAUGGCCAUGCACUAGAGGAUAUUGGAGAGCCAGAGGUUAUUGAGCUUCAGCCACCCAAAACACAGUGUAGGAGUGUCAGUACUUCUCACAUUUCCAAAUUGAGCAAGUCUAAAGCUGGCAACCAUCAGAAAAUGGCAAAGGACAAAUUUAAAUCCAGUGACCAUACCAAGUCAAAAACAGAGUCCUGUGACAUUGUCUUACCAGACCUGGACGAUUAUUUCAUGGAUCCGGAAGUAAAAUUCUCAAAAGCCAGUGAAAGUGUAAAUUUACCACCAGAGAAAUAUACCGCAGAAGAAGCAAGCUCCAAAAUCACAUGCAGGAGGUCCAGGACUAAAGGCAGGAGGGUGUCUUCAGUCACCAGGAAAACGUUUGUCACUUUGCCAUCGCAUGAAAGUGAGAGCAGUCAGUCCAAACUGGAACGGGUCCAUAAUGAAGUGGAAGAAGAAGUUAAGGGAAAAUGUGAAGCAUACAAAGACCAAGAACUACCAGAAGAUCUCCUGUUUUGUGCAGAUGAGGUCAUACAUCCAGAGCCAAAACAUGUGGGCAAUAAACCAGAGAGCGAAAUGAAGACCGCAACAAAUUCUGGGGAAAGUCACAAAUCUAGAUGCAGAGGAACAUUUGUUAUCUCAGUGGCCAUGGGUGUCCCCUCAUCGAACAGAGCAUCACCAGAAGUGGGUGCCGUAGAGCAGGACUUAAUGCCUUCUACAGGAUCCUCCAACUGUGAGGCACAAGAACCAACAGUCAUGGAUGUAAGUGUCGUUCGGCAACAUUCAGAAUCAAGUCCACACAGGCACGGUGAGAGAGCCUUUGUAGGGGAAACGCAGAGUUCCUGUAAGCGUCCUUGGCUGGCCGGUAGCAACGAUGACCAUGAAGUACUGCCACUGGACGAAGGCUGCGGUUCAGAAACAGAGUUUCAGAAACCUAAAAAAGCCAGGAGAGAGGAAACGAGUCUGUCCAGUAAGAAGAAAGCCGUGCACAGGGAGGAGUGUGUUGAUUAUUUAAACGACAGGAAAAAGAAGAAAAAAAGUAGCCGUCGCAACAAAGGGUUUAGAUCUGAGGAUGAAGCAUGUUAUCCUGGGGACUGCAGCAGUGCCUCACCUCUCCAUGGCAUUGGUGAUCCUGAAAGAAAUAAAGAACAAUUAGAUGAUUUACAAGUGGUUGACUCACAUUCUGACAUCAGUGAAAAGGAUGACAUCUUUGAACAUUUAUUUGAUCCAAAACCCGACGAGUCAAAGUCCAGGAUGGAUCGGAAUCCCAAACGAAAGACAUCCAAGCUGCAUACACCCACAAAAACUAGAAAUCUAAGGGAGACAUUUCUUGUCUACAUGAAGAAAACUCAAGACAAUGUUUCACUAAACAACACGAGGACAUCUAAUGUGCCAGGUGCCUACAGUCACUUGGUGGACACCAGUGUUGAGGCAGUUCAUCAGAAUCUGGGAGACCUGCUGACGGAUGAGAUGCCACCAUGGCUUGCCGUAGAUGUCAGCACUGCUGACAUUGAGGUGGGCUCUUUACUUGCUACUCCCAAGAGGCAGUCAUCGGGCAGAGCGGCAGUGAUUGAGGAGUCUGUUGCUGUCACAACUCAAGCCUCUCCAGCAGGAAGAGUCUUAACCUCCCUGACCAACACCCUUACAACCCCAGACAGCGAAAAUAGAGGGAGAACCAGGAGACGAAAUGGUGUUGUCAGUUAUAAGGAGCCGACCCUCAACAGCAAAAUAAGGCGUGGAGAUAAAUUCACCGACAGCAAGUUUCUGAGUUCUCCGGUGUUUAAGGACGGCAAGAAGAAGAAGAAGCAGCAGAAGAAGACUGGAACCAACCCAAAGUUGGAAAGAUCCAUUUUGGUGGACUGAUUAUUUUCUUUUUAGUGAAACUUCAAACAUGUUUGCAGUCAACUGAUGGGACAAACAUUGUGUAUGUUUGGUUGCUUCUGCAGUAUGCACAUUUCACAUUGCAAACACUGAAACUAAUCUGUAUGUUAUGAUAACCACUGUUCCACUUAUUUCCCAGUGAUGUGUGGUUGGUAAUGGUCUUAGAGAUUGACAGGAGGUUGGUCAUAAAUUAUUCAGUCCAGGCUGUUCACCUGAGAAGUCAGUUCCACGUCGCUGUUAAAGGCUUGUGUUCCCCGAACGGAUACCACAUUCAGUGUAGCAUGACUGCUGCCAACCAUGUUUUAAUAUUUUGUAUCCUCGUGUAAACUGAAGGUCUUUAAGCUGUUUUUGCUCUUCGACAGUUUACAGUCAUACAGAAUUGUGUGGUGAGUACAGAUGCACGUUGAAUUUGUUUUAAUGUCUAAUGCCACUGAUUGUUUUUUUUUUUUUUUCCUUCCAUUAAAAUUUGUUAUUGCACCGGA